UCGACUCGAUUCCUCCGCACCGGUGAUUGGGUCGCAAUGCUUGCGACGGGGCUCACUCUAUCUUAUCCCCUCUCUUUCAAAACCCAAAAUCUCAAGCUCUUAUCUCUUUACACGGAUUCGUCUCCUCAGUCAAUCGCUCGUAAGUUGAUUAAGGAAUCGAAGUUAUCAAGAGUUUUCAGUCGAAAGAUACAAAUCGUAGACUAUGCUUCAUUAGUUCAAAUCUUAAGCCAGAGAAGAUUGCCUGAAGUAGCUCAUGAGAUCUUUAUCCAGACGAAAUCAGAUAACUUGUUGCCAAAUUACAGAACCCUUUGUGCUCUAAUGCUUUGUUUUGCCGAGAAUGGGUUUGUUCUUGGAGCAAGUACGAUUUGGGAUGAGAUGUUAAACAGCUCUUUCGAGCCUGAUCUCUUUCUCAUANAAAGUUUNAUCUCUGCUUAUGUGAAGGUUGGUUGUUUUGAUGAAGUUGCCAAAAUCAUCAAGGAUGUAGAUGCAAGGUACUCUAAGCUGCUUCCGGUUGUGUAUUCACUUGCUAUAUCCUGUUUCGGAGAGAAUGGUCAGUUUCAACUGAUGGAGGGAAUUAUAGAGGAAUUGGAUUCAAAGGGAAUGCCGUUAGAUUGUGCCACUGCUAGUGCGGUCGUCAGAUACUAUAGUUAUUUCGGUACUUUAGAUAAGAUGGAGCAGGCUUAUGGCCGGCUUAGGAAGUUUGGGAUUGUGAUGGAGGAAGAAGAGAUGAGAGCUGUGUUGCUAGCAUAUUUAAAACAAAGGAAGUUUUAUCGGCUCCGUGAGUUUUUGUCAGAUGUUGGCCUCUGUAGAAGAAACCUGGGGAAUCUGUUACGGAAUUCUGUAUUACUUUCAUAUGCAGCUGACUUUAAGAUGAAAAGCUUGCAGAGAGAGUUUAUUGGAAUGCUUGAUGCUGGUUUCACUCCUGACCUUACCACCUUUAACAUUCGCGCCCUUGCCUUUUCUAGAAUGGCUCUCUUCUGGGAUCUACAUCUCACUCUUGAACAUAUGAGACGUUUGAACAUUGUUCCAGAUCUUGUGACUCUCGGAUGUGUGGUUGAUGCAUACAUGGAUAGGCGACUAGCAAGAAAUUUGGAGUUUGUAUACAACCGAAUGAACUUGGACGAUUCUCCUGCUGUCUUAACUGAUCCCCUUGCAUUUCAAGUACUGGGAAAAGGGGAUUUCCAUCUUAGCUCAGAAGCUGUUUUGGAGUUCAGUCCACGGAAAAACUGGACGUAUAGAAUGCUCAUUGGAGUUUAUCUCAAGAAAAAGUUGCGGAGAGAUCAGAUUUUCUGGAAUUACUAGCUAUGCCUGCCACCUCUUUUCUGCAGAGACUGUCAUGCUUUGCUCCUUAUCACAAUCCUGAUGGUUUGAAACAUUGAGGCUUGUGAGUCUUCUUGCAACUAGAUUUACAUUUAUAUCCUAUAUGCCUGUAUUUAGUGGUUUAUGGUUAAAUACAUAGGUAUAUAUUACAAAGUACAGGCGCAUAUGCACAUAUUUACAUUAUUGCAUAAUUUGCAUUAUACCAAGUAUUUGGCUUCCCCUUUUUUUGUUUCUUCUUUGAAUUGAUGGAUCAUACCUACAUUAUAUGUAUUAAUGGAUUUCUAUACUUUUUCUCUAUUUCUUUUGGUAAAUAAGAUUUCAUGUAAAAAUAA